AUGGAUAAUACUGAUUGUGAUGCAGAACAUACAAAUAACGGGAUAAAAAAAUAUCGAAGCAACCCGUUUAUAAAUAACAAAGAAGAUUACUUUAAUGAAAUUGUGGAAAGAAUAAUUUGCUCUAUAUUAGCAAAUAAAAAUAUUAAAAAAAUAAAUUAUUUAACAUUUGAUGUCUUAUUUAAUUUUUUUAUAAAAAUAAUUAAAAAAUUGGGAUUAAUUUGUAAAAAAUUUUCGUCUUUAAGAGGCAGUGUUGUAGUUAAUUAUAUUGAUAUAAAAUAUUGUCUAAAAAUAUAUUUUAAUAAUAUAUAUAAAGAAAUAUAUAUAAUAAAAAAUUACAAAAAUUAUUUUGAUCAUGUAAUAUUUGAUAUAAGUUUACAAAAUAGAGAAGAAAAAAUAGAAAAUCAUCAAGAAAAUGAAGAAAAGGGAAACUAUAUUAAUGUAAUACAAAACUCUUAUUUGUAUUAUCAAAAUAUUUGUAUGAAAAAAAAUAAUAAUAAUUUUAAUUCUGUAAAUUCCUUUUCCCAAAUAAAUCCAGACAAUUUACCUUCUAAUCAAAAUGUUAAUAUAUUAUCUUUUAAUGAAAAUGUUGAUAUCGAAAAAUAUAAAGAACUUAUGAAAUUAAAAAAAAAAUAUAUGCAUGACCAUAUGCCAAUAGUUCCACUAACUUUAAAUAGAAAAGAACAAAUUACUGGUUAUUAUAAUGAGCAAAAUGAAUCAUAUAAUCAAAACUCAUUUCCUUUUUUAAAUUAUUCAUCUCAAUCUUCAUCUGAAUUAUCUGACACAUCUUCAAAUUCAAAUUCAACUACUCAAUCUCACAAUUUUGAGACUAUGAAAAAUAUUCAAAUAUAUACUAAUGAUAAAGAUAAUAACAAUAAUAAUUUAACACACGAAAAAGAUAUUAUGUGUAAAGAAAAAAUUGAGGUACUAAAAUUAAUACCCAAAAUAAAAGAUAUAUAUAUACAAAACUCAAUCCAACAAAAUUCUCAAUUUAAUAUUACAAAUGAUAAUUCCAUUUUAUUUAAUUCAAACAAAUAUAAAGAACUUCAAGAAUAUCAAAAUGAUUUAUCUUUAGGUGAUAUACCUUUUCAAUCUUAA